ACCGCCGAUGGACCCGCAAUGCAAGAUCUCAAUGGCAACAAUGGUCAUCUGGCCACUCUCGGUUGCCGCAGGUUCUGCAGGCUAAAGGGCCGGCACAAACCGCAGACGGGGCAGUACUAUCCUGUCAUGUCCGCUGCGGUUGACUUCCCAGGCUGCAACCGUCAUCAGGACUGCAACCACCCUAGCGUUGAUGUCACCGCACUGCCAUCCUUCGACCAGGUCACCUUCGACAAGAACCUGCGCCAUCUCGGCCAGUCACGCACUGAGCGCGACUUCGUCAGCCGCCGGCAGGAAACGGGCAUCAACAAGCCCAGUAUAUUCAGUGGCUUGCCCCGUAUACUGCCCGUGCCGCAGUGCUGUCCGGGCGAUCUGAUGCACCAUGCUGCACUCAAUCUCCCGGACGUGCUGCUUGGGCUAUGGAGGGGGACUCUUGACUGCGACCGAGACCGUGGCGACUCUACGGCACGGUGGUCAUGGGCAGUUCUCAGAGAC